AUGCGACAGAACGAGGGUCGGAUCGACGAGUGGAAGCGGGAUAGUUCGAAUCGAUUUUGUCGGUCCUGGCGGCAAUCGAGAGGCGCCGUUAUCCUCUCGCAAGUCCCCAGGAUUCCCGUCACGAGUUCCAGUUCAGUGUUCGGGAAACUUUCGUGGGAUGCACGUUGCACGCGCGCCUCCACAUCCGUACAGGGGCACCUGGUGCCAUGCCUCGUUGAGCAGGCUGUCAUGGCAGGCCCGCCGCUGCUGGGGUUGCUGGCCUGCGUCCUUGUCGUCUCACCACCGGCUUCCACGUCGACCGCCGCCACCCACCUCCAACCGUCCGCGGUCCCACUCCUCGUCGUGUCCGAGGCCUGUUUUUAUCCCCUCGACAUGGAGUAUGUGGAGAAGGAGCUGACUGCCUACAACCUGACGUUCGAUAUCCUUCCAGAUGACGAUGUCUGCGAGGGAUCGACGAGGCUCCUUCACGUGUUGACAACGAGUUCCAGGACGGUUGUGGGAUCCUUCAGGCCGGAGUUAUGCUCGGCCGCAUAUUUCAUCUCGAAUUUUUACAACCACUCCCUGUCUACGUGGAACUGCCCUCAGGACAUGAGGCAAAUCGACGGGGACGCCGUGCCCGACCCGACAAGAUCCAGCCCUUCGGUGGGGACGAUCGCGAGGGGAUUUUCGAAGGCGGUCGCCGACAUGAAAUGGAAAUCCGUCGCAAUUAUAUCAAGUAAAAUGGGAUGGUGGCCUUUCCUGUCGCAGGCAAUUGAUGUUCAUCUACGUGAAAUUGGCGUCGUCCCCAGGCAUUUCUUUAUCAUGGCCCAGAACACGUCUCGGGAGCAUAUUGAAAAUAAAUUAAGGGUUUUAAAGAAGAUUCCCUGUCGAGCCGUCGUAAUGUGUCUUCCAGCGGACGAGGUCGGUCUGAAGGUCCUGCGGGCCAUCGACGGGCUGCGUCUCGCCCAGGACCACAACACAUUAACGGUUCUCCUUGACGUGUCGAGCUUGCCCUCGUGGAAAAACAAGUUUUCGUACGCGUCGGAAUCCAAUAUCACGAACUUUAUAGAUGCCAUUAGUUCGGUGAGCAAAAAGUACAUACUGACUUACACCGACGACGUAGCCGUCAACGGGAGUUUCGAGUACGAAUUAGUGCAGAACAUCAGACGGACAUAUCCGCACGUGGAGGCGGUGAACGACGGACGGUUCUAUCUUCUCGAUUAUCGCGACGACAACACGCCGCGACCGUUGAUCGACGUCUAUCACAACGGCAGCGACGUCCACGUGGAGAAGGUGACGGACAAUUACGAGGAGUGGCGGCUCAAACAUGUGCAGCUCGAGGAGUGCGAGAAUUGUGAGACCGAAUUGCAGAAGGCGAUCAGUGUGUUGAUCAUAUUGGGGUGCUCGUGUGCGUUUGUGUCAGUUAUAUUGGGUGGUGCGGCCAUUGCCAGGAACCAACUGAUGAAGAAGAGAAUCUCGAAGGGGCCGUACAAGGUUUUGCUCACCGCCACGGAUUUCGUUUUUCCACAGAUUGCGGACAGCAGAAGAGUGGACGAAGGGAUCGAGGCUAUGCUCUGUUGUUUUCUGCAACAGUUGCAGGAAUUCGGCGGCCCGGAAGUGGACAAACCGGACCUACUGCAGGGUUCGGGGACAUCGGUGCGCACACCGCUCAGGGGCGGCUCCAGUCCCAAUUUGGCCAAGCAAGUCAUCGUGGAUCCACGCGUCCGAUACAAUGGUGAUCUUGUCCAGAUGAAACCAGUACCUUCGACGGGCAGCAGCGGCUGCGAACUGAAGGCGAAGGCGGUCGAAUUCCUGGUGCUCCUGCACGGACUGCGACACGAGAACCUCAACCCCCUGAUCGGGUGCCUGGCCGAGCCGCCCAGGGCCGCCCUCGUGUCCGAGUACUGCGCCCGCGGAUCCCUGCAGGACGUAUUACAGCAGGACGACAUCAAGCUCGACUGGUCCUUCAGGCUGAGUCUGCUCACCGAUCUGGUUCGGGGCAUGAAGUACCUACAUUCCACCCCGAUCCGGGUGCACGGGUAUUUAACGUCCAGGAACUGCGUAAUCGACGCCCGUUGGGUGCUUAAGGUCACCGACUACGGACUUCCUGCCUUCUACGAAGCGCAGGGCAUACAACCGGCACAGAAAACUGCACGAGAGCUGUUGUGGACCGCGCCGGAGUUAUUGCGACACGCCAGCCUCAGGAAGAAGGGGACGCAGCCCGGAGACGUUUACUCGUUCGGGAUUAUCGUGCAGGAGGUCGUGGUGAGGGGCGAGCCUUUUUGUAUGCUCGCACUCACGCCAGAAGAAAUAAUAGAAAAAGUGAAGCGACCGCCACCGCUAAUUAGACCGUCGGUGAGCAAAGGAGCGGCGCCUCCGGAGGCGAUAAACAUCAUGCGCCAAUGCUGGGCCGAACAGGCCGAGCUGCGACCGGACUUCAACGCCGUCCACGACCAAUUCAAAAAGCUGAACCACGGCAGGAAGGUCAACAUCGUCGACACCAUGUUCCAGAUGCUGGAGAAGUACUCGAACAACUUGGAGGAGCUGAUCAGGGAACGGACGGAGCAGCUCGAUAUCGAAAAGAAGAAGACUGAGCAGCUGCUUAACAGGAUGUUACCCAGUUACGUUGCGGAAAAGUUGAAGCUUGGAAUGCCGGUGGAUCCGGAGCAGUUCGAGGAAGUGACGAUUUACUUCAGCGAUAUUGUCGGCUUCACAACCAUAUCAGCCCAUUCGACCCCGUUCCAAGUGGUCGAUCUACUCAACGAUCUCUACACGUGCUUCGAUGCCACCAUCAACGCUUACAACGUCUACAAAGUGGAGACCAUCGGCGACGCUUACAUGGUCGUCGGCGGUUUGCCCGUACGAAUACCGGAUCACGCCGAACAAGUCGCCACAAUGGCCCUGGAUCUCCUGCACCAAAGCGGCACGUUCCGGAUCCGUCACCUGCCCGGCACCCCGUUGCGUUUGAGGAUCGGGUUGCACACCGGACCCUGUUGUGCCGGUGUGGUCGGGCUGACGAUGCCGCGGUAUUGUCUCUUCGGCGACACCGUGAACACCGCAUCGCGGAUGGAAUCAACAGGGGCCGCAUGGAGGAUACACAUGUCGGAAGCGACGAAGGCGUAUCUGGAGCACGCCGGUGGAUAUCACAUCGAGUCCAGGGGACCGACCGAGAUUAAGGGCAAAGGGAUGAUGGUUACUUAUUGGUUGCUGGGGAAGGAUGGAUUUGAUAAGGAGUUGCCGGUGCCGCCGUCGAUUGAGGAAAGUCAUGGAUUAGACGAGAGCCUGAUAGUGAGCAAGUCGAUAUCGUGCGGCGGUCAGCAGGACGAGGCGUCGUCGAACUCGAUCGCCGACUGCACGUCCUUGGACACGAAACUGCAGGAGGACGCGACCGCCAAACUGCCCAAUCCCAAUCCCACCUUCAUUAGGAACAUGGAAUACUCGAAGUUCGCCAGCCUCGCCAAAACCGUCGACAGCGAAACGCCCCACAGAUCCGACUUUCACAUGGUAAAAAGCACCUCGAGCGAUGCGCCUCUCCCCUUAGGAACGCCAGUUUCAGCUUCAGAAGUGGCGGCUGCACUCCUCGGUGCCUCGACCAGUUCCUUGUGCGGCUUCAGACGACACCGGAAAAUCGAGGAGGAGGACAUAAGCACCCCGUACAACCAUUACAAGUGCUUGAGCCCCAAACAACGCGUCGGCAAGUUACUGAGACGACAGUUCAGUCUGGAUCGCACCGAGGAGUACAGCAAACAUGAAGAAACGACGAUGAGCCCGAGACUGUGCAAGCAGAACUCCGCCGGCGCCGCGGAUUUGGAGAAGAUCGAGGAAAUACCGCUCAGAGUCCCACAUUCACCGUCACCAACACUCCAAUGCACCCUAUCGAUAUCGGCCAAUUCGCUGAUACAUUGAGCCGACGUCGGGAUAAUUGGGUCCGCCAAAAAUUUAACUAAUGAUGGGACGACGUGAAACAAUAAUAUUUCAGAGACAAUCAAUGUUUUUUCGUUCACAAUUAUUUUGUACUGUUUUAGUGUAGAAUCGUAUGAUGUUAAUAACGUUUUCCUUAAGGCCGGUGGAUUAUUGUUGGAAUGGAUUAUUGACAAUAUACUUCCGUUAAUGUUUU